AGAGGAUUCAGUGUUAAAGGGAUGAAAGAGGGAUUGAGCCUCCGCUUCCGAGUCUGUGUGACUGUAUUGAGUGUCUGUCUCUCAGAGAGAGAGAUGCUGAAUGCACCAUGGAGCUGGAAGUUGCUGUUGGCUACCGAAAACAGACCAGGAUGGAGGAUCAGGACAGGGUCAGUCAGGCCUCCAGCAGCGCCACAGUGUCCUUUCUGCCGAUCAGAGACAGGUGUCAUGAAAAAGUGCAGGCGUUUGGAAAGAGAUGUCAAGCGGCGAAGAGAGACCCCAACUGUCCUGUGGUGAUCAGAGGAUGGCUGUACAAGAGGGACAGCACUGGACUGAAAUUGUGGAAAAGAAGAUGGUUUGUUCUCUCCAAUUACUGCCUGUACUAUUAUAAAGACAGCCGAGAGGACUCUGUCCUGGGCAGUAUUCCUCUUCCCAGCUACAGGAUCCUCUACUGCUCCCCUAGAGAGUGCAGGAACCGGAAAUAUGCAUUCAAGGUUGUUCAUCAGGGGAUGCGGCCGUACAUCAUGAGCGCUGAAACCCAGGAGGACAUGUUGGGCUGGGUCAGGGCUCUCAGCCAAUCAGCAAGCAUGGAGGCUGAUGACAUCAUCAAUAGACGCUGUGCCAGUUUUCAGGACUUCACUCAGAUGGGAGAUAAUGCUGAAACCAUGGAGCUCCAGCACUCGGCCACUUUUCCAGAACGAAACGCCCAGACCGCAACAAAUCUGAGCAGGGUGCACACAGAGCCGACUCUUCUAGAUCAAGACAUGAUGGGAAUUAAAAUGAAGACAGCAGAGCUGAGAGGAAGAUAUGAGAGCAGACAAAUCACACCUGAAGCUGCCAAAUAUUCUCAGAGUUUGCUGAACGCAGAUGAGGAACCUCUUUCCUUCCUACAUCCGAAGGCAACCUUCAAGCAACCUUCAUUUCGCGGAGAUCAGUAUGGGUCACCGUGUCACGAUAACAUGGGCAGAGUGGACGUUUGGCCCUCAGAUAACUGCUCGAGUGCUCCAAUGUCACCCUGCGUCUACAGAGAGAGAGGACAUCUGCUCGACAAGCCUGAGCUUCAGUGUUCUGUGUGCUACUGUUCCAACUACCACACAGCAGAACACAUGGCAGUGUGCAAGGCAGGUGAAAUACAACCAAUCAGAGAUCUGGAAAAUGAUACAGAUGUGGUCCUCACUCGUCUGUGUGGUUGUGAUAAACUGCUGCAGUCCGUCUCUAUGCAGCUGGCUCAGUUACAGGAAGAGAAGAAAAGCAUCGAGUAUGCUUUAGAAAUCAAAUGGCUGGGGAUGGAAGACGUACUUCCUGAAGAGCUGGAAGUAUCCCAGAAGGCUUUGCUUCAGGAGGAGCUGGUUACACUCAGAGCCAGAAUAUGUGAUUUGUCAUCGGAGAUGGACAGAUUGUGGAGUGAUUAUGAACGGAUGGAGAGCGAGCUGUCUGUUUUCCAUUCUCAUCUCCAACACAUCCUUCACUUCGGGAUGCCACAGGAGCAGAUUCAGGCACAGAGGCAGCUCUGGAUGAUGGAGGAUAUCUUGAGCGGUUUGAGGGUGAACAAGAACCACUUUAUGGCUUUAUUGGGUCUACAGAAGCAGGGUGCUCCUCAGAUAAAACCUGUUUCCUACUUUGAGGGCGAGUUAGGAGGGAUCAACAUGGAGUGUGUGACUGAAGCAGAGCAGCAGGAAUACAUGAAGAUUCAUCAGAGUUACAGCAGGACGAGUUCUGAACAUGAAGCCUCACAUGAACCACUGCGUCUGACACGUGUUGUGACGUCUACACUUCCCACGUCACUAAUCGCAGAGCGCAUUUUUGUGGAUGACCCCUAUCCUGAACCGCCCGAACAGAUCAAUCUACAGUCAGGACUGAGGAACAGCCAGAGGAGAGCAGCAAAGAAACCCAGCAGAACUCAGCAUGAGACGGCUGACAAAGACAGACACUUACACUGGGCCGACGGACCGGAAGAGAUGCAACAAAAGAAACCGGCUCAAAAUCACAACAGCAGUGCCAGAGAGAAGGCACUGGCUGACAGAAAGGUCUGGACACACUGUCAGCAAGAGCUUGAGCCCGGAGCCUUGAGCAUCACAAACUCUGAGUCUGACUGUGACGCUGCCGUGAGCUCUCAGAAACGCCAAACUAAACCCAGACAUAUGGAUAAAAGAGACAGAAAUAUGAGUGCCACCAGAGAGCACUUCAUAGACGACAUUCAUCCUUUGAAACUCAUUACAGCCAGUGAGAAAGAUACAGAGAAGUACACAGCAGAUUCUGCUGUUGUAAACUUGAGUAAUGGCUACAGCGCUGAUAAACACAAAUUUAAAAGCCACAGCAAUGAGUCGGCCAACCCAAUAAAGCCACAACGUGGUGAUGCAAAAGCCCACAAUGAAUUCAAUGACAAAACAUCACAACAAUCAUCUCACAAUGACAUCAUCGUCAUAGAAAGCCACUCCAUCAAUCAUAUUUCAACUCUUACGGUGUUUAAGGGACAUCAGGGAAACAAUCAAACACACAAACCUCAUAAAAAUAACAGAAGUUCUGAUCAACAAAAGUAUUCAGUUAACCUGAAAUCUGAGUGUUUUCUGUCAAAUAACCGACAGUGUGAGCUAGUCCCAGUCUACGUUCAUGACACAAAACCUCAAGAAUCUCUCAAUCCAAUGGAACAUCAACAACCAGACCAGAGAGCCAAUCAAACGCUUCAUAUACCAGAGGGAGGAGACUGUGGGUGGAGCCAAAGUCCCAAAACAACAUCUGAAAUAUCCCAAGCUAGAAUAAAAGAAAUGCCCAAUCAAUCACCAGACACUCAACCAAUCACAUCGUCUGACAAUCACCUGACACCUGCUUCUGACCGAUCCAAACCAGAAAUAUGCAUUUAUGAGGAAAUCCAGAAUAGUUCCCCAAGAUCAGCAGAUAUUAAAGAGAAUCCGAAGAAUCAAACCAGUGGAGAUGAAACACGACCAUUAAACCUCACAGUAAACGAGUCUGGACCGUCUCACACUGAGGUCAAUGGGGAGGACGGUACAAAAAAUACAGAGAAAAGUCCAGCAGGAAGUGAUGUUACGUGCAAGAGAGAGAAGAAGCAGAAAGUUUACAGCUCUUUAAUGACAAGCUCAGUAAUAAACCAUCAUGUCCAGGACUGUCGGCCGCGGAUAACCGUGGUCAGCACCAGCCUGUAGACUACAGAGAGCCUGCAGAAGGUGUGAGCGAACGAGGCAAUAAGACACAAAAAAGAAGCACGAUUUCGAAUAUCUUAAGUAGAUAGAAAGUAAAUGGUAAGAUAAAAGUGUUGUUUUCAGAAAAGCUUAGAUCCUUAAUGGAAUAUGAUAAUAUGCUGAUGAUUAUCUGUGUGUAUCUUUGUUUGACCAAUUAUAGUCUCAUAAUGUAAACACAUCUGCGACUUUUUAAUAGCAUUCUCUGCUUUUGCUAAGUUUGACAAUGUUCUUUAUCAUCAACAUCCAUGAUAGACUUUUAAGAUAUUAAGGUUAUCAGUUUCCUUUAGUCACAGAUUAAGACUCUUUCCUUACAGAAAUAUUGCUCCUAAAGCAAAUAAAAAUUUUUGAUCCAGGAAAAUGUUCUGCAUGGCAAAAGUCAUAAUAAUAUUAGACGUUAUUUAUUAAAAUCACUUUGUAUUUUCAUUUCAGUGUUAUUUGAUGUUGUAUUUGUUGUUAUCUUAUUGAAUCAUUUCAUUUUUUUUAUCCCGUAUAUUCAUAUAUAAUUGUAUUUAACAACAGCAAACCCAGAGAGACACUAUGCUCUCAACAUGUAAAUCCAAAACUUUAAUCUAGAUAUAAUAAAGGGCCUAUGAUAUGCAUGGGAAACCCAAUUCUGAAAAAUGAAAGUUUUGUAUUCAUUUACUCACCCUCAUGUUGCUCCA